AUGUCGGGUCCACACAGCGCCAGUCGACAGACUGGCCACGAACCUCACCUCACACCUCGUGCCGCUCCGCACUCGUCUUCCCAUUCGUCGUCCCAUUCUUCUUCUCAUUCUUCUUUUGGAGCGUUUGCUUCUUCGUCUCUGAGUCGGCUCGCCUCUCUCAUCGCGACGGCGCCUCUGCCGCCCGAUUUGCGCGCGGAUCUUCCCGCAGACGCAAACGUGGAAAAACUGGCGAGCCCCGAGAGGCAGCGCGAACUGCAGAGCGUUCUCGAGGAGACCGUGCGGAGACAAGUCGCCCUCGCGCAGGCCGAGAACGGCGUCUUGUCUCCAAACGUCUCCGAUCCGCAAGCAACGCUCGCGCACAGACAGCAGGUGUAUGGACACCUCAUGCGCGAGCUCGCUGCUUCGCCUUCGCCACGCGCGGCGGCGGCGCUGCCUGCCUUGGUUCCCCGUCUCGAGCGUCUGCUGUCUCCGGUGUCUCCGCAAUCUCCGGCCCCGCUGAAGCGCCCCGAGGCGAUUUUGCAGCUCCUGCUGCAUCUUGCGGAACUGCGGAGUUCUGCGCGGCGCGCGGCGCAAAAGGUCCAGAGACCAGUUGCCUCGCCGAGAGUUCCCACGACGCCUGCGGCGUCAACGCCGCGCAGUAUCCGGUGCGAUAGCAUUUCCAGUGUCCACACAGGAAGCACUGUUUCCUUCCCUCUGGGCAGACAAGGCUCUCGGCGCCUGGCGGGCGAAGGAAGCGAGGCGGAACUCAGAGAAAGAACGCGCCUCGGCGCAGGAGCAUCCCCAAACGGCGACCGACGGGAAGCGCCGGUCGAAGAGGACGAGAAAGAGUCUCCGCAUGAACUCGGCCUCGUCUACGAUUUGUCCGGCGUCUCGGAAGUCGCUCUUCUGCGCGACAUCGUCUACACCCUGCAAGGUGUCGAUGGCGUCCACAUCGUUUUCGACGAGACUCUUCAGACCUAUCUUCUCUCGCCCAAGGUUCGGGCCUCGAACAGUUUGCGUGCUCUCGUCUCGCAUCUCGCCGGCGUCGGCACCCUCUAUCGGCGUCUCGUCCACGCUCUCCAAGACCCGCCAAAGGGAGGAAGCGAGACAGGCCUCGAGGGCCAGAGCGUCGUGGCGCAGGCUCUCCGGCAAUGCAUGCACGAACAGAUCCAAGAGUAUCAUAAACUCGUCGCCGCUGUCGAGCAAGAUGUUCUUCGGUCCGCUGAAAACGGAGCUUGGAGCAGCAUCACACUCCGCAGAUUCGCCGUCUGGCUGCAAGAGCCUUUUUGUCGCAUGCGUGCUCUCGCGGCUCUCGCCGAAGAAGCAAAAGGACUGAAAGGCGGUCCUCUCCUGUCCACCAUUUACGCGCACAGCCUGCGAGGAGACCCCGAGCUCCGCGUCCUCAUGCUGCACAUGCUGAAACGCGCCGCAGCGCCUGUUACCGACAUGAUUCACGCUUGGAUUGACCACGGCGAACUCCGAGACUCCGCCGGCGAGUUCUUCGUGGCGCAGCGACUCCCAUGUGCGGUCGAGGAGCUCUGGGAGAAACGGUACUUUGUUAGCGUCGAUCGCAUUCCGUUCUUCUUCCCGCCUUCUCUCGCGGCGGAGAUUCUGCGAGUCGGAAAAAGUCUCAACUUUUUGAAGCUGUGUUUGGACACCGCAGACGAGGCCGAGGCAGGCGAUCUGCGCUUUUCCGCGCUUUCGACUGUCUCCAGAUCGCGCGUCGCCUUUGCUGGCGACCGCGAGAGCCGCCGGCGCCUGCCGCCGACAGUUGAGCGGGAACUUUUGCAGCAUCCCGAGGAGCUUGCCUGGCAGAGCCUCUCGCAUAGCAUGCGCCGGGAGUCUCAGGAAACCCGCGGAGGCGGCUCCGCGUCGCCCGCCCUCGACGGAGAACUCGCCUGGGUCGCCGAACUCAGAGAAAAGGUUCGCGUCUCGUCGGCCACGAAGAACAAACGAGUGGUGAAGACUUUGCUCGAACGGCAGCAACUGCUCUACUACCUCGAGGGGAUUCGAAAGUUUGUGCUUCUGGAGGAUGGCGAGUUUACGCGAAGUCUUUUGGAAGCGGCUGAAAGCCACGAAGAGCAGCGACGCCGCGCUCAGUCCGCCGGGGAUUUUCAAGAUUUCGCUGCAGAAGGAAUCACGGCCCCCCCGGCCAUUCGCGUCGCUGUCGAAGCCGCCGCACGAGGCAGUGGAGCCGGCGCCGCGUUGUCGGCAUUGUGUCCGUCGCUUCUGCAUGCGCUGACCGUUCGUUUUCCACCUGCACCUGUUUCGCGCUCGGCUGAGGGUUCCGCAAGCGCCGCGCAGAUGUGGGAUGCGUUUUACCUGGACCUCAAGCUGGGGCCUUCACUCUCGAGUGUCUGUACACCCAGCGUGAUGGGGGCGUUCCACAAGAUGUUCUACUUGCAGUGGAGGCUGCAUCGAGCGGCGCACGCAGUGGCAGGCGCGUGGCUGCAGGGGCGUUCUCUGUAUCGUCUCCAGCAGACGCUCUCGCAGAGGAAAGGAAAGCUGCUGAGAGAAAAGAUGCAAAUUUCGCGGGCAGCUCGUCCCUUGGAGACGCCUCGGGCGGGGCCUUCCAAGCGAUGGUCGAGGACGCCGACGCCGGCUCGGGGCGAGCAUUCGCGGACAGAGCGCGAAGAGGCACGCGAACAGCCUUUUCUCUGGGAGAAACUCCGCGAAAAAGAAGAACACGAGCAACAAAACAUCACGCAGCAAAAGUGUCUCGGUCUCCUGAACGAAGUCGCUCAAGCAAUCUCCCAUCUCCAGGUGUAUCUCAUCGAGGACUUGCUCAACCCGACUUGGCGACGGAUGAUGCGCCUCCUCAUGGCAUGCAACGACUUCGACGAGCUCCUAGCCGUGCAUCACCAAUGCGUCGAGACGCUCUACGACGGGAUGUUCCUCUACGACGCCGAGACGCUUCAGACGCAGUUGCAGGCGCAGCAGAACGCGACGACGAGCGACUCUGGCCUGUCGAGCAGCGCAUGCAGCAACCCGAUUAUUAUGGCUCUCAUCCAGGAGCUUCUCUCCUUGGCCUCGCAGUUGACGGCAACCGCGCGAAAUCUGUUCAGUUCUUUGGAGGCAGCGAUGGAAGACCCCGACGAGGCGCGCGGACAGCGCGAGCGCGAAGCCGCUGCGGCCGGGGCGAGUCAGACGCUGUUGCAAAUCUCCCCGCGCGUGCGCGGCGUCCUCCUCGAGCUCCUGCGCCAGGUCGAGGUGAAACAGGCGCACGUGCGCUCGCGGGGAAGUGCAUGCGGCGCCGGCGGAACCGGCAAAGGCCUCGCGUUCGGCGACCGAGGAGACGCUCUGCGGGCUCUGCGUUGCUCUUUGGACUUCAAUGCGUUCUACGGCCACCAGGCUCAGCUGGCUGCGGGGAGUCCUCCGUCGGUGUUGCUCCCGUCGCUCUCUCCCGCCGUGUCUCCGGUGUCUCCUUACCACCCUGCAGGCGCUUCGGGGAAUCUCUCGUACCCGACGCUGCUGCGCCGCGCGCUUCCUGGCGUCGCCGCCGCGUUCCUCCCUGGCGUCGCGCCGACCGGCCGCGAGAACCCGCACCAAGUCCUCCUGCAGUUGCUGCUGAUCCACCAAAGGAGGCAGCAGGAAGCCGAGCAGCGGGGCUGUCUGCUCGAAGGCCCCGCCCGAGCGCACGCGGGCACAGACAACAGGUGGGGCGCAGCGCGCGAGAGCGAAAAAAGACAAGACGCAGAAGAGAGAGAAGAGACGGACGUCGACACGCCUCUCCUUCCGGAGAAGAUGCGUCAGCAGGAACAGAAACACCAAGCGUUCUUGAAGGGGCUGCCGUGGCUGUCGAACGCGGCAGACCUCUCGGAAAACGGGGUUUCGCGUCCAGGGCGGAGCGCGGGCGGCUCAGCGGCUGCGGCCGCGAAGGGUGGAGACGCCAGUCGAGGGGAAGGCGCGGAGUUUUCGGGUCAGGCGGGCGAGUCGGCGCUGGGGAGCGCGGCGGACGGCGGAUUCUUCUCCAGUCGCGAAAUCGCUUCCCCGAGUCUCCUCAUACGAACGCUCGACGCGGGAGGCGGCGCGAGGCACGCGAGCAAGGUCGCGGGUCGGGGCGACGAGGUGCGAGCGAGCGAGAGUCCAGGAUUCCAGAGGCGCUGCCUCGUCGCGGAGGGUCCGACGCGACCGCCGAGCGGAUCCGUGAGUCCUGACGCCGGCGUGGACUUGAGCCUCAAAGACGCACUGCGGUCGCCGCGCGCAGCCGCGGCCGCAGCCGCAGCCGCGCGGGGCUUGUUGCCUGCCGUUGCGCGCAAGGUCGACCUCUCGCAAGGACGGCGGGGAGGUGGAGAGUAG